GUCUCGAUGCAAUAGUCAGUCUGUUUGACGCUGUCCGACCGUACGCAUCCGUGUUCGUCGUUGUGCGUUCCCGUUCGCCGUCAGUUCGAUCAUUUCGAUUUUUACCGUUGUAAACUCUAUUGUUUUAUUUUUGAUUUUUCGACCAAUCGCUUCGAUAGUAUUUUCGGUGGUUAAAAAACAAAAAAAAACCGUGAAUAAUCGCGAAAGAGUGUGAUAUGUGCUUGGUUGGUUCGUGAAAAGUAUGAUACUUGGAUAUCCACCGUAUGGAAAAGCGAACAGAGCAUACCAACCGUACCAGCAUCGCGGUGAUAGCAGUGACGGGGAAUGUGACGAGGACACCGCAGAGUUCCAACCCGGCCACAGCCAUCCCCACGGUCAACAACAGCAACACCACCAUCAUUCGUACCACAGGAGUCAUCGCCGGAGGCCCACCAAUCACACUUACCAGCAACCAGGUUCUCUGUUGACUACGGACACGAGCGGUACGUCCGGCAAUUGUUCUGACGCCACACUUACCGACUCGGAAUUGGCGUUUGCCAGAGACGCAACUCUUCAGUUACACGACGGAUACAGUGAUUCUUUGAGAAAUCCACCAGAUGUGCCGCCCAGAAACCCCGGAACGAUGAGCAGGUUGAACGGUCGGCUUAAGGGUUCCGGCCCGGGAUCCAAUGCCGGCACAAUGGUGCAUCUAUCGGGCGACCACCAGCAUCCGAUGGAUUUAGACUUUGAACCGUCCAACUGCGUCAUAAGGACGGCAUCCGGAUCCGUUUAUAUACAGCCGGAUAUGACGAAAAGCGUGUUGGACUACAAGAAUACGUCUUCUUGCAGUAGUCCGUCGAAGACUGAUAUUCAUAAAUCAUCGGAGAGGUGCUCCUUAGGAUACGGCGUGGGAAUGCCGGUAAUGCCGGUCAGAAACAAUCUCAGGCGACCAACGUCGUCACAUCAUUUUUCGUCCGCUUCCCGGUUCCAGUUCCAGAAAGGAUUUGCAUCUCGUUGCUCGUGGAAAUGCACGUCCAUAGCUUUGAUCAUCGUCUGCCUGCUUAUGGCCGUCGCACUGACAUACAUUACAACGUCUAACAUGUUACGGCUAUCGUAUCAGGGUCCGGCGUCGUGUUCCGUUCUCGUCGACGAGAACGGCAGUGAUUCUCUUACCGCUCCGAAAUUAUCGAAUCAUAGCAGCAAGACGACUGAUAACACAGGGUCAAAAUUGUUCCCGGUGAGGACUUCUCCGCCAGAUGGUACCACGUUUGCGCAAAUUACAUUGGGUGAAAAAAUUGACGGGGAGAUUUCACCUUAUGGAUAUUGGAAUGUUCAAUUUUACCACCCCCGCGCCGCUUACGUUCGGUUUGAAUACAAUUUCCCUCGAGGCGCUAGCAUAGCUGUUUAUGGGCGCCGAAAUGCACUGCCUACACACACUCAGUAUGAGAUUUUGGAAGUGCUCAACGGUUUCAAAUCCCGGCAAACUAGAUCCGCUCAUCCAAGCAUUAUGAAAGAAGUCACACAUUACUUGGAACCCGGCCAUUGGUUUUUAUCUAUGUAUAACGACGACGGCGACAUGACGAUGGUUACGUUCUCUGCAACUGUAUCGCAAGAAAUGACUUUGAGUUGCCCUAAUGGCUGUAGCGGAAAAGGCGAAUGUCUACUGGGUCACUGCAAAUGUAACCCUGGGUUCGGAGGCGACGACUGCAGCGACAGUGUUUGUCCAGUGUUGUGCAGCCAACGGGGCGAGUACAUAAAUGGCGAAUGUCAGUGUAAUCCCGGUUGGAAGGGCAAAGAGUGCAAUAUGAGACAUGAUGAAUGCGAAGUACCCGAUUGCAAUGGUCAUGGAUAUUGCACCAACGGAAAAUGUAUGUGCGCUCUGGGAUUCAAGGGAAAGUUUUGCUCGGAAGUCGACUGUGCUAAUCCUAACUGCAGCGGACACGGUGUAUGCGUGGAGGGCACUUGCAUUUGUAAAAAGGGAUGGAAAGGCGCGAGCUGCGAUGAAAUGGACAAAGACGCUAUACAGUGUUUGCCCGAUUGUACCGGCCACGGGACUUUUGAUUUAGAGUCGCAAACUUGUCAAUGCGAACCCAUGUGGUCCGGCGACGAUUGUUCCAAAGAACUCUGUGACUUGGACUGCGGCACUCACGGUCAUUGUGUCGGCGAAACUUGCGCCUGCGACGUCGGUUGGUCUGGUCAGUAUUGCAACAUGAAACUCUGCGAUAACCGCUGUAACGAACACGGCCAAUGCAAGAACGGCACUUGCCUGUGCGUAACCGGUUGGAACGGCAAACAUUGCACGCUGGAGGGUUGCCCCAACGGUUGUUCGGGACACGGUCAGUGCCGGGUUAACAGUGAUAACGUGUGGCAGUGUAAGUGCUCGGAUGGCUGGGAUGGAUUAGAUUGCAACACUCAACUAGAGCGCGAGUGCAACGACAACAUUGACAACGAUAAAGAUGGUCUUAUGGACUGCGAAGACCCUGAAUGUUGUUUGAGUCAUAUGUGUCGCAGCAGUCAGCACUGCGUGUCGUCUCCUAAGCCCAUCGAUAUACUUUUGCGCAAACAGCCACCGGCGAUAACGGCAUCGUUCUUUGAACGUACCAAGUUCCUGAUCGAAGAAGGCAGUCUUCAGAACUACGCUCGGUCAGAUAACUUCAACGAAAGCAUUUUCUGGAGUCACUUCAACACGAGCCGGUCUGCUGUUAUUCGUGGUCGAGUAGUUACAUCCACUGGAAUGGGCUUAAUGGGAGUACGGGUUAGCACGAAUAUUGCCCCCGAAGGUUUCACCUUAACCCGAGAAGAUGGUUGGUUUGAUUUAUUGGUUAACGGAGGCGGAGCUGUGACUUUACAGUUUGGAAGGAGUCCGUUUAAAGCACAAACUCAAAUUGUCAACGUACCAUGGAAUGAGAUUGUAAUAAUCGAAACUAUUGUGAUGUCGUUGAGCGAUGACCAUGGAAUUCAAUUAAGUGGACAACCGUGCAAAGCACACGACUACGAUCAAAUGAAACCCGUGGUCUUAGCAUCGUGGAAACACGGAUUUCAAGGGUCUUGGUCUGACAAGAGCGCUGUUUUAGCGGAAUCACAAGUGGUCCAAGAAAGUUUCCAGAUUCCAGGGACUGGCUUGAAUUUGGUUUAUCAUAGCUCUCGAUCGGCAGGCUAUUUAUCUACUAUUCAGCUACAACUCACACCGGACACUAUUCCCUCUACUCUAAAACUUAUUCACCUAAGAAUAACUAUCGAAGGAAUACUGUUCGAAAGGACUUUCGAAGCGGACCCCGUCAUUAAGUACACGUAUGCUUGGAACAGACUUAACGUGUACAGGCAAAAUGUGUAUGGCGUGACCACAGCGUUAGUGAAGGUCGGCUAUGAAUACACCGACUGUAGAAAUAUCGUGUGGGACGUGCAAACGACUAAACUUAGCGGAAACGAUAUGAGCAUAUCUGAAGUGGGUUCUUGGAACUUGGACAUCCAUCACCGUUACAACUUCCACGAAGGCAUACUACAAAAGGGCGAUGGUUCCAACAUCUAUCUAAAGCAAAAGCCUAGAAUCAUAAUGACUACAAUGGGAGACGGACACCAAAGGCCGCUGGAAUGUGUCGAUUGUGACGGUGAUAGUGGACUUAAGCAACGCCUUUUAGCUCCAGUCGCCGUAGCAGCUGCUCCAGAUGGUUCUAUUUACGUCGGAGAUUUUAAUCUGAUCCGUCGAAUAAUGACUGAUGGAACAGUAAAAACAGUAGUCCGAUUGAAUGUAACGAGAGUGUCCUACCGCUAUCACAUAGCCGUAAGUCCAUUGGAUGGAUCCUUGUACAUUUCAGAUCCAGAAAGUCAUCAAAUCUUAAAAGUGAAAAAUCCAAAUAAUUUCUCCAAUCCAGACCACAAUUGGGAGCCAGUCGUUGGUUCAGGUGAGAGGUGUUUACCCGGCGACGAAGCUCAUUGCGGUGACGGCGCUUUGGCCAGGGAUGCCAAGUUAGCCUACCCCAAAGGCGUUGCAAUAUCAUCUGAAAAUAUUUUAUAUUUUGCUGAUGGCACCAACAUUAGAAUGGUGGACAAAGAUGGUUUGGUGUCCACGUUGAUCGGUAAUCAUAUGCAUAAGUCGCACUGGAAGCCUAUACCAUGUGACGGAACGUUAAACACCGGUGAAGUACAUUUGAGAUGGCCAACCGACUUGAGUAUUAACCCAUUGGACAAUACUCUACACAUCAUUGACGACCAUAUGGUUUUGAAAUUGACCACUGACAACCGAUUGAAAGUAAUUGCCGGCAGACCGAUUCACUGUCCACCGGUCGGACGAACCGGACUGAACACCGACCAAGAAUUAGCCAUACAAACGGCAUUGGUGAUGCCACAGAGUAUAUCGUUCGCACCUAAUGGCAACAUGUAUGUCGCUGAAUCGGAUUCACAAAGAACCAACAGGAUCAGGAUGAUAAGUACCGAAGGGAAAAUAUCACGUUUUGCCGGCGCCGAAUCGAAAUGUAACUGUUUGGACCGCGGAUGUGAUUGCUACGAAGACGACCAUUACUUAGCAGCCACCGCCAAGUUCAACACGAUUUCCUCGAUCACCGUGUCGCCCGACGGAGUAGUACACGUAGCCGAUCAAGCCAAUUACAGAAUAAGAUCAAUAAUGUCGAAAUCUCCGGAAGCAACGUCUACGCGGGAAUACGAGGUGUACUCGCCGACCACACAGGAAUUGUACGUUUUCAAUCGUUUCGGACAACACAUAGCGACGCGUAACAUUCUCACCGGCGAGACUAGUUAUCAGUUCACGUACAAUCAGUUCACGAGCAGCGGAAAGCUGAGCUCGGUAACGGACGCGGCGGGCAACAAAGUGUUCUUACUUAGGGAUCACGCACAGCAAGUGAACUCGAUUGAAAACACCAAGGGUCAAAAAUGCCGUUUGCGCAUGUCCCGUAUGAAACUGCUGAGCGAAGUGAACACGCCAGACAACUACAACAUCACGUUUGAUUAUUACGGUCCAUCUGGUUUGCUGCGGUCCAAGUUGGAUUCCGCUGGACGAGGAUACGUCUACACGUACGACGAUUUCGGUCGAUUAAUCGGAGCUGUGACGCCUACUGGAAAAUUGAUUCGCUUGGCAUUCGAUCUCAGUGUAAGAGGAGCAACUGUUAAGGUCUCCAACGACGAUAGUCAACCGGAAAUAAUGUUGAUAAAGGGAACAUCGGUGGAAACAAAACUCGGUGGUUCGGAAAAACAUACUUCCAUCACCAGCGAAGGCGAUAUAAUAUCGGAAACUCCUUGGGGAAACCGUGUGACCAUCGAGUCCGUGCCAUACGCCGUUCUGAUGGAGACCAACCCGGUUCUGGCUGAAAGUUACCCCGUACCCGGCAAGUUGAAAACCGAAAUUGGAUCAGAUUUAGCUAACCGGUUCGAAUGGAGAUAUUACUUGAGAGGCCGAUCCGGCGGUAAACUUAAACCCGGAGAAGUUAAAUCAGUCGUCCAGGUUGGUAAAAAGCUAAGAAUUAAUGGCGACAACAUAGUUUCUUUGGAAUUCGAUAGGGAUAGUGGUACCGUAGGUGCAUUCAUGGACGAACACGUUGAACUUUUGAACAUCACCUAUGAUAUUGCUGGCCGACCAGUGAAAUGGGGACCAAGAAACAAAGUGUACUCCGAGGUGGAACUUACCUACGACCGAUUUAGCCGGCUUAGUGUAUGGCGGUGGGGAGACUUGAAAGAAAUAUACGGUUAUGACAGAGCCGGUAGGUUGGCCGAAAUUCGGUACGCCGACGGGAAGUCCACGUUGUACGUUUUCAAAGACAUGUUCAGUAGUUUGCCUCUGAAAGUGACCACCCCGAGGGGAAGCGAUUACUUGUUACAAUAUGACGAGUCCGGUGCUUUACAGUCGUUAACGACUCCCAGAGGACACAUUCACGCUUUUUCGAUACAGACGUCUUUGGGCUUCUACAAGUACCAGUAUCACUCGCCCAUCAGUCCGCAUCCUUACGAGUUACGAUACGACGACAACGCUAAUAUACUAGCUAAAAUUUAUCCACACCAAUCCGGCCGUGUGUCCUAUUUGUACGACCAGCACGGUAACAUCGAAAUUAUUUUGGCCGGUUUGAUUUCCAUACAUUACACGUAUCAGGCCAACACGAACCUGGUGAAGAACAUAAACGUAUUGGAACCCGGUUUCGAGUUGAAACACGAAAUUCGUUAUCAUUUGGGCAUAAUAAAAGACGAACGCUAUCUGUUCAGCGCUAAAUGUGGACUGCACAACACACACAUGAAGUACCAAGUGGACGGCAACGCUCGUGUCACUGCGGUGGACGUGACGAUUGGCAGCAAAGAACUGUCUCAGUUGAAAUUGAAGUACAAUCAAAACUUAGGCACUCUGGAAAGCAUAAGCGAUUUGACGAUUUACAAGAACACGUUCAACAAGACAAUUAUUCACGACACGGAAAAACAAUACUUUUCGUCUUCGGAGUACGACAACCACGGACGACUCAAGGCCGUGGUGAUGACAAUUAAGUCGACGGACGUGUUCAAGCUGGAUUUGGAAUACGACGUGAGGAAUAGAAUUUCAUCGCAAAAGAUCAUACUAGGCCGAACGAAAAUACAGAACAGCAUGACGUACAGUGCUGACGGUCAUUUGUUCGAAGUGGCCGGUAGUAGUGAUUGGAAGUACAUUUAUGACGAGAACGGAAACAUAAUCGGUGUGAUGGAUCACGGCCAAAAGUUGACUUUGGGCUACGACGUAGGCGACAGAGUUGUUCAGGUGGCUGACGUGCAGUUGUACAGCUACGACGCCAGAGGAUUCGUGUCCAAACGUGGAGAAACGCAUUUGAAUUACAACGACAUGGGCUUGCUCAGUGACGCCACCGAAAGCGAUCGUUUUAGCGUGUCUUACUAUUACGAUCACAAAAACAGAUUGUUAGGUAUACACAACGCCGGCGAAAACGUCACCCAGUUCCUUUACACGGAUCCUCAACGACCGGACCUAGUGACGGCCGUCCAUUAUCCGAGCACCGGUCGUACUUACCAUUAUAUGUACGACGACCGUGACGUCUUGGUGGCUAUCGACUCGCCAGAGAAAAGGUAUUUCGUCGCUACCGACCAAAACGGAUCUCCAUUGGCGGUGUUCGACGUCACCGGCAACAUGGUCAAAGAGAUUCAACGAACGCCGUUUGGUCGACUCAGAAAGGACACUCAUCCUGACUUUUACGUGCCCGUCGAUUUCCACGGCGGUAUCGUAGACCCGCACACCCGGCUAAUAUAUUUGAACCACAAGUGGUACGAUCCGUCGGUCGGCCAAUGGAUAACGCCGGACUGGGAGCAGUUGUCGUCUAGGCUCAGCUAUCCCACCGACAUCUUCAUCUACAGAUUCCAAAACAACGAUCCCAUUAGCUCGAGUACCGCGCAAAACAUCAACUACAUGACAGAUUUGAACAGCUGGUUGGAAUUAUACGGUUACGAUAUCAAGAACAUGAUCGGUUCGUCUUAUACCAGACAGCAGUUACAUCAGCCCACCGCCAAGGUCACUUCUCCUCAGUUGGCUCCGCAAUUCAACGUUGUGUCGGGACUUCAAUGCAUCGUAGAAAAGGAAAUGUCUUUGUUCGGCGAAUUCGGAUUCAUACCCGAGCCACUUUUGAAGAUGGAAACCCAGACGAGAAACCUGUUGCCACGUGUCGCGUUCCAGAGGUCCAUAUUCGGCGAGGGCGUGCUGAUAUCCCGGAAUACCGAAGGCUUAGCUCUCAUCUCCGUGGUGGACGGCGACAACAGCGUGGUCCAAGACGUAGUGAUGUCCGUGUUUAACGGGUCGUAUUUCUUGGACUUGCACUUUGAACAACACGACAAGGACCUGUUCUAUUUCGUUAAGGAUAACGCUCUUAAGCAAAACGACGACAUGGAGGAGCUGAAGAGAUUGGGUGGCAUGUUCAACGUGACCACGCACGAGACGACCGACGGCAAAGAGUUAAGACUUUUGAGCGCCGAGGCUUUGAUUUCCAUCAGAUACGGUACCGACCCGCAACAGGAACGCCAUCGGUUACUGAAGCAUGCACACAAACGUGCGGUGGAACGGGCAUGGGAAUCGGAAAGAACUCUGGUCGCGGCAGGAUCCAAGGGUGCGCGGGCCGAGUGGAACGCCGAAGAAAGGGAAGAACUCAUAAACCGAGGCCGGGUAGACGGAUACGAGGGUCAAGACAUACACGACGUGUCGGGGCGACGGCCUCAGCUGGCAGACGACCCGGGCAACGUGCGGUUCCACAAGUUGCCUAACCGCCGGAAGCGAAACCGGCGAACGCACUACCGGAAGAACAAGGAUGACAAAGAGCAAUAAUGAACAUCAGCGGUAUUUCUAUUAUGCCUAUACUAUAAUAAUUAUUGUCAUGCCAACAUAUACUUAUUUUUAUUAUUAUUUAAUUAAUUUCGUGUGAAACCGUUAAUCAAAACGUAGUUUAAGUAUCUACCCGUUUUUAUUUUAAUAAAACCGACAUUUUUCUUUGAAUGAUAUUUUCCAAAUUAACCGUCAAAACUUUCAUUUUAAAAUUUUGCCAACUUCUCAACAUCCGUCCAAAGUAUUCUCAGUACACACACACAAGUUCGGCUGAUCUACUUUCGUGUCGUGAUUGAUGUUUUUUAAUUUAAUUUUAAAAUUAAAUCAUAUAAAAAUAACUAUAUAAAUAUCUAGUCAUUUUGUGAGCGAUGUAAUUAUAAUAGAAAUUGAUGACGUCUAUAGUUAAAAAAAAAAUAUAUAAAUAAGUUAUUAUAUUUUUAUAUUGGUACACUCAGGGAAACAUGUACCAUAACAAGAUGUCACCAAAAUUAUACUAUGUUGUUCCAUUUUUUUUUGUUGGUUACAUUACUUUUGUUGGGAUGAGUAAUACUUGUUAAAACUUUACUUUCUCGACAUUUGCUUAAUGAAUUUAAAAAUAACCAAGUAUGUAGAACAGAAAGUAAUUAAAGAUGUUUGCUUUUUUUUUUAUACUUGGAAACAUUUUGUAUAUACAAUUCAAAUGAUAUGUACAUAAUACUAUAAAUAUUGUUAUUUUUUAUUGUGCAAUUGUUUAUUUAUUAUCAUUUUUUUUUGUUUUAUUAUUAUUUUUUUAUAAUAUUGCUAUUAUAACUAUUAUAUUAUAUUUAUUAUUAUACACCUAAAAAUAAUCGUAACGUUACCAUAUAAUCAAUAACAUGUCUAUUACGGUUUUAGGCUAUGUUAAGUAAUUACUUACAUGUUUACACUUAAUUAAUAAUAAUGGUUUGAUAAAUACUAUUGUAUUGCAUGUUUGGAUAGUAUUGAUCCAACAAAAUACGAUAUUAUUUAAAAUAAUUUAGAGAUACUCAACAGAAUUUGAUUGAUGAUAAUAUUAUGUUCAUUUUUUUUAGUUUUGUUUAAAUAUUAUUGCUUUAAACAUUUACAAUUGUAAUAACUAUUAUACAGAAAUAAGUAUGUUAGAGCAUAAUGUACGUCAUGUAGUGAGAUGUCUAUUAAACGUUUGUUUUAUUUUAUAUUAUGAUGCAGAACUGAUGUUUUAGGAUACGUGAGAAUUUUAAUUUCGUGUUAAUAAACGAUUACUUAGCGUUAGCCUAUAGUGUUGACUUGUACAUGUAUAUUAUUUCUUUUUUUUUCAAUGCUGACUUUGUACAUAAUUGAUAUAAAUAUAUAUAUAAAACAUUUUAAAAUGUAUACUUUAAGAUCAUUAUGAUACGUUUAAGAUACGAGAAUUAGUUCGAAUGAUAAUAU